AUGGAAACACUGGAAUCGGAGCUGACCUGCCCUAUUUGUCUGGAGCUCUUUGAGGACCCUCUCCUGCUGCCCUGCGCUCACAGCCUCUGCUUCAACUGCGCCCACCGCAUCCUGGUGUCACACUGCGCGACCAACGAGUCCGUGGAGUCCAUCACCGCCUUCCAGUGCCCCACCUGCCGACAUGUCAUCACGCUCAGCCAGCGAGGUCUAGACGGACUCAAGCGCAACGUCACCCUGCAGAACAUCAUCGACAGGUUCCAGAAAGCAUCUGUGAGCGGGCCCAAUUCCCCUAGCGAGACCCGCCGGGAGCGGGCGUUCGACGCCAACACCAUGACCUCCGCUGAGAAAGUCCUCUGCCAGUUCUGUGACCAGGAUCCCGCCCAGGACGCUGUGAAGACCUGUGUCACUUGUGAAGUGUCCUACUGUGAUGAGUGCCUGAAAGCCACUCACCCAAACAAGAAGCCCUUUACAGGCCAUCGUCUGAUUGAACCAAUUCCAGACUCGCACAUCCGGGGACUGAUGUGCUUGGAGCACGAGGAGGAGAAGGUGAAUAUGUACUGUGUGACCGAUGACCAGUUAAUCUGUGCCUUGUGUAAACUGGUUGGGCGGCACCGAGACCAUCAGGUGGCAGCUUUGAGUGAGCGCUAUGACAAAUUGAAGCAAAACUUAGAGAGUAACCUCACCAACCUUAUUAAGAGGAACACGGAACUGGAGACCCUUUUGGCUAAACUCAUCCAAACCUGCCAGCAUGUGGAGGUCAAUGCAUCACGUCAAGAAGCCAAACUGAUGGAGGAGUGUGAUCUUCUCAUUGAGAUCAUUCAGCAAAGACGACAAAUUAUUGGAACCAAGAUCAAAGAAGGGAAGGUGAUGAGGCUCCGCAAACUGGCUCAACAGAUUGCGAACUGCAAGCAGUGCAUCGAGCGGUCGGCAUCCCUCAUCUCCCAAGCGGAACAUUCUCUGAAGGAGAACGAUCAUGCGCGCUUCCUGCAGACAGCGAAGAAUAUCACUGAGAGAGUCUCCAUGGCAACUGCAUCAUCCCAGGUCCUAAUUCCUGAAAUCAACCUCAAUGACACAUUUGACACCUUUGCCUUAGAUUUCUCCCGAGAGAAGAAAUUGCUAGAAUGUCUGGAUUACCUUACAGCUCCCAGCCCUCCCACCAUUAGAGAAGAGCUCUGCACCGCGUCCUACGACACCAUCACUGUUCACUGGACCUCCGACGAUGAAUUCAGUGUGGUUUCCUAUGAGCUCCAAUACACCAUAUUCACCGGACAAGCCAAUGUCGUUAGUGAGUAUUGGUGUUCUGGGGGGAGUUGGGAGCCCCUCAGGAAGUGCAAAUUCACCGUGCCGUGUCUGCUUGGUUUUGCAGGUCUGUGUAACUCUGCCGAUAGCUGGAUGAUCGUGCCCAACAUCAGGCAGAACCACUAUACGGUUCAUGGUCUGCAGAGUGGCACCAAGUACAUCUUCAUCGUCAAGGCCAUCAACCAGGCGGGCAGCCGCAGCAGCGAGCCUGGGAAGUUGAAGACAAACAGCCAACCAUUUAAACUGGACCCCAAAUCUGCACAUCGGAAGCUGAAGGUGUCCCACGACAACUUGACAGUAGAACGUGAUGAGUCAUCGUCCAAAAAGAGUCACACGCCUGAACGCUUCACCAGCCAAGGGAGCUAUGGUGUCGCUGGAAACGUGUUCAUUGAUAGCGGCCGGCAUUACUGGGAGGUGGUCAUAAGUGGAAGCACAUGGUAUGCCAUUGGCCUUGCUUACAAAUCAGCCCCGAAGCAUGAGUGGAUCGGCAAGAACUCUGCUUCCUGGGCGCUGUGUCGCUGUCACAAUAACUGGGUGGUGAGACACAACAGCAAGGAAACCCCCAUCGAGCCAGCCCCCCAUCUCCGGCGCGUCGGCAUCCUGCUGGACUAUGAUAACGGUUCCAUCGCCUUCUACGAUGCUUUGAACUCCAUCCACCUCUACACCUUCGACAUCACGUUCUCGCAGCCUGUGUGCCCUACCUUCACGCUGUGGAACAAGUGUUUGACCAUUAUAACUGGCCUUCCGAUCCCAGACCAUCUGGACUGCACAGAGCAGCUGCCGUGAGCUCUUGGCCACUGGUCCUAAAGGUCCAGUGUCCUUUAGGUGCUGAUUUCUGGGGGAUUAAAAGGACCGUGGCCACCAUUUCAGGGACAGAGAAAGCACAGGCUUCCAGAGUGUGAUUAAGUCUCACCAAAAAGUGUCCAGAAAUUGGCUAGGAUAGGACUCAAAAUAGGCGAUUCUCCCCCUUU